AAAUAGGACCCAUGCCAUUAGAGGUUGCAGCUGCCCUGUUCCAGCAACGUGGACUGUGCCACUAUUGGGGGCGAAAACAUGGCAUUCAAUGGCACGUGGCAGGUCUAUGCCCAAGAGAAUUAUGAAGAGUUCCUGAAAGCAAUUGCCUUGCCAGAUGAUAUUAUCAAAGUCGCCAAAGAUGUGAAGCCCAUCACAGAAAUCCACCAGACGGGGAAUACAUUCGUUGUCACGUCUAAAACUCCCAACAAAUCUGUCACUAACACCUUCACGCUGGGGAAAGAAGCGGACAUGAACACCAUGGAUGGGAAAAAACUCAAGUGCACAGUAAACCUGGUAGACGGGAAACUAAUAGCCAAAGGAGACAAAUUUAUACACGAGCAGGAAAUAGUAGGCAACGAAAUGGUGGAGACCAUAACAUCUGGCUCAGCAACAUUCACCAGAAGAAGCAGGAAGAUCUAGAAACCAAGAAAAGAACCCUCUUUUGUAGUAGAUGUUUUUAUAUUUGGGAAAUAAAAGUAUGCUGUUCAUUGCUAAA